AUGCACGGCGUGGUUCACGGCACGUUGGGCGGCACGGGGGAUCGCGUGCUGGAUGGGCUGUCGCAGAUUUGGUUCAUCUUCAUCCUGCUGGACGUGGUCCUAACUGCUGCCACGUGGAUCGCUGGAGGCGCCGCGGAGCUGCUGGUUCUGUCGUUCGCAAUGUGCCCUUGGUGCGGCCAUCAGUUCCACUAUCAUAGGGACUUCUUCCAAGGAGUGAUGGCAUGCCCUCGGUGCUUCCAUCCCCUUAGAUGUGCGCACUGA